GAAGUUUUAUUGUUCCUUUCAAAAAUCAGACACCUUUCUGUCAGAGAAGAUAAUGAGGACCCCAAAAAGAACACUGUAACUGCUGUAUCUAUUUCAAGUGAGAUUAACUUUGUGAAUAGGAAAAAUAUGAAUGCUGAAUCUUACACAAUCCAUCUAUCUGCCAGGAAAAAUAGUAAGAAAGAAAAGCAAUGCAGCUACUACAUGUGGAAACAAAAGUUUCCUAUCAAGUCUGAAAAUGUGGUGGAAAGGAGAAUGGAUGUGGAAGAGUGUGUUGUAACAUUGGCAUUCCCACAUCAGGAGAGGCUUCUCAAGAAUAAGAAGAGCUCCCCAGGGGUUUAUGCAUUUCUUCCUACAAAGAUGAUCACUAAUUUGCCCUUCAUAAUUCAAGCUGAUUUUGUCCUAGCCUCAUCAAGGGAGACAAUUCUCUUGGAUGAUAAGUGGAAUCAAGGGAUACUUGAAUAUGUUCCAUCAGCUUUUAUAGAUGGAUUCAAAACACUUAUCACUGGAUUAGAUGAUGAUCCAAUAUCCAGCUUGCCUAGUAUGUUCAGGUUCCUUCCAGUUUAUAGUUCUACUUUUGAGAUCUUCAAUCAUGUGCGGGAGAAAAUCAAAGAAAAACUGUCUGAAGAAAAAAUUGUUCCUAUUGAGACAUUCACAGAGCAGAAGCACUUCUAUAAGCCUUGCGAUGUUAGCAGGCUACUACCUAAAUUUUGGAAUAUUUUGACAAUGGCCCAGCAGAAAGGAGUGCACUUGCUUGACUUAAAUUCUCAUGAUGAGAGGAAAAUCUUAAGUUCAUCAUUUGAUAAAAGAAAGUACGAUUCAAUUCUCAAAUUUUUAGGAGUGGAAAUGGUGAAUGUUGACUGGUAUGCAAAGUGUAUUCAGAGUUCUAAUCUUGUGGAGAGAGUAUCAGACGAUAUCUAUCUUGAGCUUUUACUGUUUGUUGCUAGAAACUGGCCUUCAAUUUUGAAGUCCCACGAAUCAGCCUUCAUUAAUAUUCCAUUGCUCAAAUAUGUGGCUUCUGAUGGGAUUCCGUCUUUUUUCACUGUUGAUGAAUGCAGACAGAACAAUGCAGGUGCCAAGCGAGUAGUACUAGCAGACUUAAAAGAGACUUCUCAUUCCUCUUGGCUGAUCAAUUGGAACAAAGCAAUAGGAAGUGCAACAAACCAGUUUUUUAUGCCAGAAAGCACACACCAAGCUAUCUCCAAAUUGCCCUCUAGCUCUAACAAGACUUUGUUGGAUUGGUUAGCAAAAGAUGUUUACGUUCGUACUUUAAAUGUGAACAGUUUUGCAAAUGACCUCUGCAAUUCUAUUGACAAAAACAGCAAGCUUGCUAUUGCAUAUGCUCAUUUCUUAUACCACUCUUUGUCAAAUGGUUAUCUGUCAAGUCGAGAGGUUGAUGAUCUAUGUAGAUCUAUGCCACUUGUGGACAAGUACGGACGUAUAAUUAAAACCCGAAAAGAGGUUUUUCUGCCUGCAAAUGUGAGCAAAUGGGCAGACUUGAUUGUUAGUAAUCCAUGGAUAAAUGGACAUUAUGUUGAGCUAACAAAGAUGUACCUAAAUGAAUAUUCUUAUGCAGGACAAUAUACGGAUCCUGGAAAGCUUAUUGAAUUCCUCAAAACUCAUGUUGGAGCUUCUGACAUACCUGAUAUAUCUCCUCCAAAUGCUGGGUUUCCAUCUGCGGAUACACCACUUACCAAAGACAAUGCCUUUUUACUUUUGGAUUGGAUUCGGAAUUUGAAGCAUAAGGGAGUGAACCUACCAGAUAGGUUCUUGAAAUGCAUAAAAGAAGGCAGUUGGCUUAAAGUUACAUGUAAUGAAUACAUGCCUCCUUCAAAGUCAUUCUUAAUUGGCUCACAAUUGGGAAAUAUUUUGCAGAGUGGUUCAGUUCUUGUUGACAUUCCCCUGAUUGAUGAGAGCUUCUAUGGGGAUAGACUAAAUGAGUACAAAGAGGAGUUGAAAACAGUUGGAGUGAUGUUCUGUUGUGAGGAAGCCUGUGGAUUCAUUGGAAAAAAACUAAUGUCUCGUGCAACUUCU